AUGGAUCAUGGUUCAAGUAUUUCCAGGAAACCUCCUUUCCAAGAAAUCGAUCAUAGAAAACAAAGCAACCGAGAAUCCCGGUUGCUUGUAGGGUCGGGCACAACUCCGAACCCGACAACCCCGUCUACGGAGCCGAUCACCAAUCCGACUACCCCUAUCACAACUCCAACAACCCAAACCCCAACUCCUACAACAUCGUCAGGAGGUUCCUGGUGUAUUGCAAAUCAAGGUGCUUCACCAACUGCUCUACAGGUAGCUCUAGACUAUGCUUGCGGAUAUGGCGGUGCGGACUGCUCUGCUAUUCAAUCCGGUGGAAGUUGUUAUGAACCCGACACUGUUCAGGAUCAUGCUUUUUAUGCUUUCAAUGAUUACACCCUGCUCCAACUAGCUGUGUUUUUGGAGGCACUGCUCAGCUUACAAAUACAGACCCAAGAAUGA